CGGCGGCGGCGGCGGCGGCGGCGUCUCCCAGCCGCCAGGUCCCGUCGCCUCAGGCCGCCCGACGCCGCCCGGGUCAUGUCGGCCCAGGGCGACUGCGAGUUCCUGGUGCAGCGAGCCCGGGAGCUGGUGCAGCAGGACCUGUGGGCCGCCAAGGCCUGGCUGAUCACGGCCCGCAGCCUCUACCCCGCCGACUUCAACAUCCAGUAUGAGAUGUACAGCAUCGAGCGCAAUGCGGAGCGGACGGCCACUGCCGGGAGACUGCUCUACGACAUGUUUGUGAAUUUCCCAGAUCAGCCGGUGGUGUGGAGAGAAAUCAGCAUUAUUACAUCAGCAUUAAGAAACGACUCACAGGAUAAACAAACACAGUUUUUAAGAAGUUUAUUUGAAACUCUUCCUGGCCGGGUCCAGUGUGAAAUGUUACUAAAGGUUACAGAACAAUGCUUCAACACUUUGGAACGAUCAGAAAUGUUGCUUCUACUUUUGAGACGCUUCCCUGAAACGGUGGUGCAACAUGGGGUUGGCCUCGGGGAGGCGCUGUUAGAGGCCGAAACAAUUGAAGAACAAGAAUCUCCCGUUAACUGCUUUCGAAAGUUGUUUGUUUGUGAUGUCCUUCCUCUAAUAAUUAACAACCAUGACGUUCGGUUGCCGGCCAAUUUAUUAUAUAAGUACUUGAACAAAGCAGCUGAGUUUUAUAUCAACUAUGUCACUAGGUCUACUCAGACAGAGAAUCAGCAUCAAGGUGCCCAAGAAACAUCUGAUUUAAUGUCGCCUAGCAAGCGCAGCUCUCAGAAGUACAUAAUAGAAGGGCUGACUGAAAAAUCGUCCCAGAUUGUGGACCCUUGGGAGAGGCUGUUUAAGAUUUUGAAUGUUGUUGGAAUGAGAUGUGAAUGGCAGAUGGAUAAAGGAAGACGAAGCUAUGGCGAUAUUUUGCAUAGAAUGAAGGAUCUCUGCAGAUACAUGAACAACUUUGAUAACGAAGCUCAUGCCAAAUACAAAAACCAAGUGGUCUAUUCCACGAUGCUGGUCUUCUUUAAGAACGCAUUCCAGUAUGUCAGCAGCAUACAGCCGUCUCUAUUCCAAGGUCCCAAUGCCCCCAGCCAGGUUCCACUGGUUCUUCUCGAGGACGUAUCAAAUGUGUACGGUGAUGUAGAAGUUGAUCGAAAUAAACACAUACAUAAAAAGAGGAAACUAGCUGAGGGAAGAGAAAAACCCAUGAGUUCGGACGACGAAGACUGUCCGGCAAAAGGAAGGAACCGUCACAUUGUCGUCAACAAGGCAGAGCUUGCUAACUCGAUCGAGGUGUUAGAGAGCUUUAAGCUGGCCCGAGAGAGCUGGGAGCUGCUCUAUUCCCUAGAAUUCCUUGACAAGGAGUUUACAAGAAUUUGUCUGGCGUGGAAGACGGAUACUUGGCUCUGGCUGAGAAUCUUCCUGAAUGAUAUGAUCAUCUAUCAGGGUCAGUAUAAAAAGGCCAUAGCCAGCCUGCAUCACUUGGCAGCUCUCCAGGGAUCAGUCCCUCAGCCGCAGAUCUCGGGACAGGGGACCUUGGAGCAUCAGAGGGCGCUCAUCCAGCUGGCCACCUGCCACUUCGCUCUGGGGGAGUACAGAACGACGUGUGAGAAAGUCCUUGAUUUGAUGUGCCACAUGGUCCUCCCCAUCCAAGAUGGAGGCAAACCACAAGAAGAACCCUCAAAAGUAAAGCCCAAGUUUAGAAAAGGUUCCGAUCUGAAGCUUCUCCCCUGUACCAGCAAGGCUAUCAUGCCCUACUGCCUGCAUUUAAUGUUAGCUUGUUUCAAGCUGCGAGCUUUCACGGACAGCAGGGACGACAUGGCCCUGGGGCACGUGAUCGUGCUGCUUCAGCAGGAGUGGCCACGGGGAGAGACCCUUUUCCUGAAAGCAGUCAGUAAGAUUUGCCAGCAGGGAAAUUUCCAGUAUGAGAAUUUUUUCAAUUAUGUUACAAAUAUCGAUAUGCUGGAGGAAUUCGCCUACUUGAGAACUCAGGAAGGAGGGAAGAUUCAUCUGGAGUUACUCCCCAACCAGGGGAUGCUGAUCAAGCCUUCUAGCCCUCCCAUGGGGUUGCUGCAGCAGGAAUUCUUACCUGUGCUUCAGCCCAGCAUACAGACCGCUGACAGGUACCACGUGGCCACACCUGCUCAUAGUGUGCUGUUUGUCCGCCUGUUUUCCUGCCCAUGGCACCACACGGUCACUCGGGGCAUCACCAAGGGCGUGAAGGAGGACUUCCGCCUGGCCAUGGAGCGCCAGGUGUCCCGCUGCGGGGAGAACCUGAUGCUGGUCCUGCACCGCUUCUGCGUCAACGAGAAGGUCCUGCUCCUCCAGACGCUGGCCUGACGGGCCGGCCGGGACGCGGAGCCCGGGGACGCCCCGCUCCGCGAGGGACGGCCCUGAGUCUGAGCUCCCUGGCUGCUGAGAAGUGGUUCCCAAGAGUCUGAGAAGCUAGUUCUAUUUUUGUCAUUUUUUGUAACUUUUGUAAAACAAAAAAAUCAACCUGUUUUGUAAAUAAAAGCAUCCUAGAUUUGGGAUUUUAAAAAAAUUUUA